AUGUCUCGCAACAAAGACAAGCACGAGGGCGCUAGCGGGCGCACGUACCACAUUAUGUCGGAGGCGGAGCGGGCAUCUGGGAGGCGCGGUGUCUGGAAUACGCUCGAGAUAACAGGAGGUGUGCGCGCUCUAGCGCCCCAACUGUUUCAACUAACGCAUUUGACUGCGUUAUAUCUAAACGACAACUCUCUGCAGAGGAUCCCCCCAGACAUCAGCCAGCUCGUAAACCUGCACACACUGGAUUUGUCCAGCAAUAAACUAAGGACGCUGCCCGCUGAACUCGGAGAUCUUAUACAACUCAGAGAGUUGCACUUGCACAAUAACUACCUUAGAGUAUUACCAUACGAUCUGGGCAAGCUCUUUCACCUCCAACUCCUUGGACUCCACGGGAAUCCGCUUAGCAAAGAAAUGCUUUCGAUAUACAACGACAACAACGGUACUGCUAAGCUGCUGACGUAUUUACUGGACAGUUUACAAGGUGAGUUCUAUUUAGUCUGA